AUGACGUGUUCCGUUGGGUUGAAGGAAACGAACUUGCUCAACCAACUCAGAGCGCAAUCAGAAUAUGCUGCCCGCAAAGAGAGCCUUCAGGCGACAGGCAUCACAUCUCUUGGUCAACUGGAUGAGGUUUACUUUUCAGCAGUGGGGGAACUUCGCCGGAUCUUAGAGUCCCAGGUGAACGAUUCGGGCACGGGAGAGCCACACUGGACAGCCGUGCGAUUAGAGGACACAUCAUUAUUAUGGAAGAUCGCUGCCUUUUGCAAACCAUACGUUGGGUUUUUGGAUCCUCGUUUCUUAAGGGAGCAUGUCAAAUAUAUCAGUAGUGUCCGGCUUGAUCCCGUCGAAGCUUAUCGCGAUGAUAUCUGGGCGCACCCUCAACUUUCAUCUUGGAUUGGGGCUGGGAAGUCUUCCAUCCUCUUGCUGCAAGGGAACCAUGACUCCAGAGGUCGGUCUGGAAUAUUCGGUGCUGAACUUGCGGAUCAUACCGUGGGGAGAAAAAAGCCUGUCGCUUACAUGGUUUACAAGCCAAUGCUGCCUGGCAGUUGCCAUCCUCUAUUCCCGAUAGAGGAGGCUGAAGUAUUGAGACACUUAGCGAUCCAAGCGUUACAGACGGUAGCCGAUUGUACAUCAGUCCAGGUGCUCACUGAUCUAGUUGAGUCGUUUAGCCAGGCUAAGACAUGUGCAGACUGGUUCAAAGUUAUUUGCGAUGUCUUCUAUCUGGUCUCCGAGCUAUAUGUUAUUAUUGACCUUGGGAUCCACGCUAGUUCUGCGGAUGCUGCCAAUGCAUGGCCAUCCAAAUUUCACGCCAUUUUAGAAGAUGUGUCGGCCAUUUCACCUGAGACGAUCAUCCGAAUUAUGAUCAUUUCUUGCUGUCCUCUGGAUGUGCCUCAAGGUUCGGUCAAUAUCUCAAAAAUCGACAUUCGGAGGCCCAAUAUACACCCGGACCUUAUACGGAACCGCCGCUCGGAUGAGGUCAGAAUUCCACCAUCAUUGUGGGAGACUUAUCAACCCUCUAAGGCUCAAGUAACUGAGAUGGAAGCCCCAAAAAGUCACGAUGAGAAUUUGGCAGCGGUUGAUGUUCAUCCACCAAAUAGUUCGGCGGAUGGAAAUUCAGUCCAAAAUAACCGUAUCGACAAGAGCACAGCUGUCUCGGUGGUGAAGAGCUACAUGCAUAAACCAGCACAUGCCUGCGAGUUUGCAACUGCCAUCUUUUGUGCGCUUCCUAUUGAAGCGGAUGCCGUCCUAUCAGUCUUUGAUGUUCACUGGAAUGACUUUGACUAUCCCAAGGCACCAGGGGAUCACAAUUGCUAUUCCGUCGGGGCGAUUGGACGUCACAAAGUUGUUCUCGUGCACAUCUCAGGCAUGGGCAAAAGUAAAGCUGCCACAGCAUCGUCCCAAUGUCGUGUUACUUUCACUGGCAUUAAACUUUCGUUGCUCGUUGGCAUCUGCGGCGGAGUACCAGCUGGUCCAGGGAGCGAGGGUGAACGGCUCCUUGGAGACGUGGUGAUAAGCGAGGGGUUGGUUCAGUAUGACUUUAGCCCUAGAUUCAUUGAACCGAAAUCUAUGAUCCAGCAAAGUUUGUUAAAACUGGAUCCAGAGGUUGGCGGUUUCCUGACCAAAAUAAAAACGGCCAAAUAUGGCGCGUUGCUCUUGGAAAACACACACGACUACUUAAGUGCCUUACAAUCUCAUCCAGACCAACAUGGACAGUUGCAAUACUCCUACCCAGGUAUCGAGAACGACUGUCUAUACCAACCAUCCUACUUGCACAAGCAUCAUGAAGAGAGCCAGUGCCCUUUGUGGGAAGAUGGUUGCGGAACACUGGGUGGUGUAUGCAAAGCAGCGAUGAACUCAAACUGCGAUUCGUUAGGGUGUGAGAGCCAUCAACUAGUACAGCGACAGAGAACCCAGAAUCAUGAAAAACAGAGCCAAGGAGGAAACCUUUCGAUCCACAUCGGAAAAUUAGCCUCCGGAGAUACAGUGAUGAAAGCCGCAGAAGAACGCGAUAGGAUUGCCCUUGAGGAAAAGGUCAUCGCGUUUGAGAUGGAGGGAGCAGGGCUUUGGGACCAUGGCCCAUGUAUGAUCAUCAAGAGCAUAUGUGACUAUGCGGACUGUCACAAAUCGAAAAAGUGGCAAUCUUAUGCCGCAGCGACCGCUGCUGCAUGUACAAAAGGCAUCCUGGAGCAGUGGAAUUGA